AUGUCUCUCAAAUUUCCUCGUCACUGGGAUUUCCAUCUGAAGAGGGAUGUGUCCAAAAUAGUUCGCUCGCAGAGCAUGAUGGCUGUUGAUGCAAAAGGCUCCAGCACUUGGCUUCAGCCCCCCAAUCCUCUGGAGCGCCCCUUGAAAGCCGGCUGGCUGAAGAAGCAGCGAUCCAUUGUCAAGAACUGGCAGCAGAGAUACUUCGUGCUGAAGGGGCAACACCUGUAUUAUUACAAGGAAGAGGAAGAUCUGAAGCCUCAGGGUUCAUUACAACUUCAGGGCUGCACCAUCAGAGAAGUGGCUUCUGGGUCCGAUGAAGCUGGAAAAUUUAUCUUUGAAAUCAUCCCAGGGCUCUCAGCAGACCAAACUCGAAAUGGACCAGACUCCUUUGUGCUCAUGGCGAAUUCUCAGGCUGACAUGGAAGAAUGGGUCAAGCUGCUCCGAAGAGUGGUUGGCUCCCCAUUAGGAGUGGUCUUUGGACAACAGCUGGGGGACACCAUGAUGUAUGAACAGAGAUUUGGACAGCACCAGGUUCCCAUCUUGGUGGAGAAGUGUGCAGAAUUCAUCAGGAAGAACGGACUGAUGGAAGAGGGCGUUUUCCGACUCCCUGGCCAAGACAAUUUGGUGAAGAAACUGCGGGAUGCAUUUGAUGCUGGCGAGAGACCCUCAUUUGACCAAGAUACAGAUGUGCACACUGUGGCUUCUUUGCUCAAACUAUACCUACGAGAACUGCCUGAGCCGGUCAUCCCUUGGAGCCAGUACGAGGGUUUUCUCUUGUGUGGUCAGCUUCUAACGUCUGAGGAAGGCAAGGGUCACCCACAGCUAGUGAAGCAGCUGGCACAUUUACCCCAGGACAACUAUAACCUUCUCAGUUACAUCUGCCGAUUCCUGCAUGAAGUCCAGCAGAGUUCCGACACCAACAAGAUGAGUGUGGAGAAUCUGGCAACUGUGUUUGGUGUGAACCUCAUCCGACCCCAGAUGGAAGAUCCAGUGACUAUUAUGAGAGGGACUCCCCAGAUCCAGAAAGUGAUGACGACCAUGAUCAGUGACCACGAGAAGCUCUUUCCAGCAGCCAAGGAUGUGAGGCCUCCUCCGCCUCCCUCAGAAAGCAGCUCCAAGAAAGCUCCAGUGCUACGCAGCUCCGUUGGCUGGGAUGCUGUACAAAGGCCAUCGAUGGCCUGGAAGGAGAAUAGGAGCCUGCUGCAAAUUGUGGCGCUCAAAGAAGCUAGCAAAAAUAAGAAUGGGCUUCAUAUUCUCUCAUAUUCUUGGUUUUACUUUCAGAAAGAUGAUCUCGAAGCUUCUAGCUCUGAAUUAAGUGAUGGUUUGGCUCCAUCAGCAGAAGAUAAAGAAGAACCUCAGUCUAGGGAUGCUCUGGAGACACGGACUGCGCGGAAGAGGACUCAGACACUUCCAAACAGGAAAUGCUUUGAGAGCUUUUCUUCCAACAGGCGAAACCAAAACAUGGACAAAACAGACAUUUUCAGUAGCAACUUUUGGUCAUCCUCAUCCUCUUCCUCUUCCUCCAUGGUCCAGCCCAGUCCUAAUUGUCCCUCAGGAGGUCACAAAAGAACUUUGUCUCAUGGAAUUUCUAAACUUUUCGGCUUCACACAAGCCUCAGACUCUGGCAGUCUACGCAGUUUGGGGCAGGGUCCUACAAGGGAGGCUGACAACAGUUCUUCAGGCCAACUAAGAGAGGAGUUUGGACCAUGUUUACAAAUGAAUGACUCUCCCAGGUCUAAAGAAAAUGGCACUACGAUUCUGGAGCUCUCAUUUGAGGAAGACAACUUAUAUCCAGAAGACCCUGAACUGCUUAGGAAGAUGAUUGCGGAGCUGAAACAGGAGCUGAUGGCACAGAAAAACAGCCAUGAGGAGCAAAUUAGAAGCCUUGAGAAGGAAAACUUUGAAGUCUGGACCAAAGUGGUGAGGCUUAAUAAACAGAUUGAAGAAGAAAAGGCUAAAUCUGCAGAGUUGGAAUCUGAGCUCCAGAACCUUAAACAUUCCAGGGAGGUCAACGAGGAGAACCAACACCACGAAGACUUGUUGAAGUCCACCGGUCAGUUGCCCACAAGAAUUGAGCAGAGGACAGAGUGUGCAAGCCAGCUGUGAUUCCUUUCUGUCAAAGGACUGUUGCACUUACACUUGUGUAAGUCGGUACAGAACCCCUGGCGGGUUCACCAAGAUGGUUGCUUCUGGCGGCUCUGUGUAUAAUACUUUUUCAAUUGAGAAAUUUUAUUCCCGUUUAUGAAUGAUAAAAACAAAAACAAAGGUGUCUUAAAUAAGUAAA